UAUCGUUCGUAUAUAAAUCUGUAAGUCACGUGUUCAACGUAUCGUAACCUAAGUAAUUUUGUUUUGUAAAUAUUUAUGAAAGAAAUUAUAAAUUGUCAUGGCGAAUUGUGAAAGCAUUAAAGAGAUUUUGAUUAACAGAAGAUUUACUCAUGUAGAUCGAUGCAUGUCCUAUGAAUAGAAGAAUUAACCUUAUCGAAGAAUAUUUUUGCGAUAGUUCGUCAUUAUAAUUUAAUUUUUCAUAUUAUUGUAAAAAUGUCUAAAGUAACGCCAGAAGAAAAUAAUGAAUUUAGGCAUGCUUGGAUGAUAAGACCAUGUGAAAUAUACAAAGAUGAGUACAAUGAAUGCAAGUAUUGGAAAUCCCGUUUUCAUCAAUACUUUAUACAUGGCUAUAAGAUUGAUUGUUCUUCAUGGGAAAAGGAUUUUAAAAAUUGUCAAAUUUGGCAAGAAAAGAAAUCGGAGGAAGCAUACAAUGCAAUAAUAGAAAGUGAAAAAGAACGUAGAAUGAAUAGAUUAAGAGGACAUUUUGGGAAUACAAUAUGGAAAAAGAGAGAUAAACCACCGGAAAAUUGGAAUAGUCCUUUACCCGAAUGGAUGCAAGAGAACUACAAAAAUUCUUAUUUAGAAAAGAUGAAGACCAAAGAAGCGCAAGAGACAUCAGAGAUGAUAGAUAAAUACUGUGUCAUAAUGUAGUUUUCUUUUUUGUCAUACAUUUAUAAGUAGUAGUAAAUAAUUUUCUAUCGCAAAUUAAAAGUGAAAAUUGUUAACUAUUACUUCGAGAUACAUGUAAAUGUGAACUUGG